GAUGCUUGCGCUUCUACGAGGAUUUAUCAUGAAGGACUGCUGGUGCUGGGAUGCGAACAGCAGCAAAAACUACGAGGAGCUAUUUGACAAACUAGACACUAAUAAAGAUGGGAAAGUUGACGUGGCGGAGCUUCGGUCGGGUCUCAUAGCGAUGGGGAUAGCCUUGCGUACUGCAGAAGCCCAGAAGAUAGUGGCCACCGGUGACAAGAACAGGGACGGUGUGCUUGACUUCAAUGAGUUCACCAGAUACCUGAAAGAGCAUGAGAAGAAACUGCGGCUUACAUUCAAGAGCUUAGACAAGAAUAAUGAUGGUCGUCUGGAUGCCUGUGAGAUCAAACAAUCUCUGGCUGAACUGGGAAUGGACAUAUCCACAGAAGCAGCACUGAAAAUUCUACAGAGCAUUGACGUUGACGGCACCAUGACGGUGGACUGGAACGAGUGGAGGGAGCACUUCAUGUUCAUGCCUGCAACUGACCUAGAAGAAAUUAUUAGAUACUGGAAACACUCCUCGCAGCUGGACAUUGGCGAUAAUCUUGUCGUUCCCGAUGAGUUCACUAAGGAGGAGAAGAUCUCUGGUGUUUGGUGGCGACAGCUAGUUGCCGGGGCAACAGCAGGGGCAGUUUCUCGAACAGGCACCGCACCUUUGGAUAGAAUAAAGGUUUUUAUGCAGGUUCCUGCGUCCAGGUCAAACCAGAUCAGUCUGGUGGGGGGGUUCAAACGGAUGCUUGCUGAAGGAGGAGUGAUAUCUCUGUGGAGAGGAAAUGGCCUCAAUGUGUUAAAAAUUGCCCCUGAGACCGCUAUCAAAUUCAUGGCCUAUGAACAGUAUAAGAAGUACCUGUCAUCCGAUGGUGAUAAAAUAGAGACAGCACAGAGAUUCAUGGCUGGCUCUUUAGCCGGUGCCACAGCACAAACGUCCAUUUACCCUAUGGAGGUAGUGAAGACUAGACUGACCCUGAGGAGUACCGGACAGUAUUCUGGGAUGAUCGACUGUGCCAGGUCAAUUCUGAAAAGAGAGGGCAUUAAGGCUUUCUAUAAAGGUUACGUCCCCAACACGCUGGGCAUUAUCCCUUACGCUGGCAUUGACCUUGCUGUUUAUGAGAGCCUAAAGAAUGCCUGGCUCUCACACUACGCAAAAGACACAGCAAACCCCGGUGUUCUGGUCCUGCUGGGCUGUGGUACUGUCUCCAGCACAUGUGGGCAGCUGGCCAGCUACCCUCUGGCUUUGGUACGCACUCGUAUGCAGGCACAAGCAUCGUUUGGAAACACGGAGCAGCCUUCUAUGCGCUCACUGAUUAAGAGCAUUGUGGCGAACGAAGGCAUUUUCGGUCUCUAUCGGGGGAUCCUACCCAACUUCAUGAAGGUCAUUCCAGCUGUCAGCAUCAGCUAUGUAGUGUACGAGUACACAAAAUCUUCGCUGGGUAUCUCAAAGUGAAUGUCACUGGGCUGGGUUCCCAAACCCCCAUAUAGGAGUGCUGUUCCAGAUCAUUUAUCUUCUUGGACACUAGGAAAAAACAUCAAUUAAGAGAAUCAGCUAUAAUCUGAUCCCAGAUCAGGUUUGCUGUUUAAAAUGCCUUGUGUUUCUUUCAUGGAUGUCCUGUCUGCUCUAAACACCGCUGAUUUUUAAAACUCUUCACAAGAAUAAAGUGGACUCUUAUCCUGUAGAUUUAACUACAUGAUUAAGUCUUAUAAGUGUGUCAUUUGGUUAUUUAAAUUUCUAGCAAUAGGAAUGUCUGAUCACUGCACUGAAUAAUAUGGUAGGUACGAUUUGCCUUACGAUUUGCAUGCUAUGACUUCUUUAUCGUGUCUAUGCAUGUGAAUGCCUGAUGUCUGUGAAUGUUGGUUUUAUUUCUAUUACAUUAUUUUUUUUUAUAUUUUUAUAUUUUAGCAGAAAGAAAUAUACAAUGUAAGUAUACAAUCUACUGUAUUAUAAUGAAGGCCCCAAAACACAAGUGCAUAGCCCACAGGAUAACACCAAUGCACCACGGAGAAAGGUACUACAACGGGCAUUUUAACCAUAUUAAUAAUCCAAAAUCUGUGCACUUACUUGCUUUCCAAAUCUCCAAAUGGGAGGAGGAAUUUCCAUCGUUCGUCAGAAGUGUCCCUGCUUUAUUAUUAUUAUUAUUAUUGUGAAAAUUGUCUGAGGGAUUGAUUUAACCAGAAUUUGCAAAGAAGGCUGAUGUAAUUUCCUUUUCAAAAUGGCAAAUAAAAUGCAUGAUGUAAUAAAACACAGAACAUACUGAAAAAGAAUUAUAUUUGAUUUGUUGUGUACACAUAGGGCUUUAGUUCAUAGCAAGCUGCCUAAUUAGCAAGCUGUACACAAGUAAUACGUACACUUGUAUCACCAAAAGAAAUUGAUUUCAUUUUAUUUGCACACUUUUCUUGAAAUUAAAGUAUAUUUUUCUAGUUGGCUAUUCAUGUAGUACACUAGUUUAUUAGCAAGGCAGUGCAACAGUUCAGAGAAAAUACAACCAGUUAAAUCCAAGGAUGUUUCUUUAAUGUCCCAUAUGACAGACAGUAUUUCUCAGAGGGAUUUUUGUGAUGGUUGUGGCUAAAAAUGCUUGAUUUUCCUGCUUUCUGCUUGUGGAGUAUUUCUGUGCUUUUAUUUGUGGAAACCAUCUUGAAUUGGUGAAAUUACAAGCACAUGAUUUUUCUGAUAAACUCCUACCAGUGAGGACAUGUAUGUAAUGCUGAAUACAUGCUGUGAUGAUGCCACAUAUCAUGUCCCAAUUUUGAAAAAUUGCAAGCUCCCAAAAACAAGAAAUCCUGAAGGGACUGAUAUGAAACAGCUCAAUUUGUUAUACUUUAUUGUGUAAGUUGUGUUAGCUGAUUCAAAUGUUUG